UUUAGACGGACAGGCUUCUAACAGGGAAGGAAGUGCUGACACUCACAAGAUUGAACCUUUUCUGAUAUAGCUCAUAUUUAUAAUAUAUCUCUUCAACAAUGGAGGAAAUGUCCUACUGUUCUUUCUCCGGAGGAGAGAUUUACAAAGAUCACUUUCAGCCUGGUAUAUAUGUGUGUUCAGAUUGUGGAUACGAGCUGUUCUCAAGUGUGUCCAAGUUUGAUCACUCCUCUCCCUGGCCAGCUUUCUCUGAAACCAUUCAUGAAGACAGUGUGGCCAGAUAUCCAGAGGCUUGGGGGCCUAUAAAGGUUUGCUGUGGGAAAUGUGGGAAUGGACUAGGUCAUGAGUUCCUUCAUGAUGGACCAAAGGAGGGACUAUCACGCUUUUGA